AUGACACGUGAGUGUUGGUACGUCCGCACACGACUGGCUGGCUCCGCCGACUCGGAAAGGGCAGAUCCGAAGUCUGAGAGUCACGAAGACGAGUCAGUGAGGUGUUGUAUCUCGUCCACUUUGGCUUUGACCUGGCGUGUCGGGUCUACCGAGGCGUGGCUGGCAUCUGCGGUCGGAUUGCAGGUUUCCGGUAGCGUUGACAGUCUGUGGUGUCCAAUAACGGGGCGUGCAGCGUCAAAACAAGCACCAGAGCAUCAAAGCAGGCAAGACAACUGGCGUAGAUCGGAAUAUUCAGGACUGGUACGCUUAGUUUGGCGUUGUCGUGCAACCAUCGCUUCACUUGUCUAA